CCCAUCUGCUCUCACAAACUCGCCAGUCCGCAACGGUCCAUCGAUCCGCCCGUCCGUCCGUCCGUCCGUCCGUCUCCUUCUGCCGGACUCAUCCGCGAACACCAAUAGAGCAAGCAAGCAAAGCCCCCCCUGCGAGACCCGCCAUCAUGUGUCGUUACAACGAGUUCAUCACCAAGUGCCGGGUCUGCCAAGAGGUUAUCCGCGUCUUCAAGAGCGGCUGGGAGUACUGUAACAACCAGGGCCGCUGCAGCUACAAAAAAAUCGAGACUUUUGUCAGGCACGACACCUGUGAUCGAUGCCGCAGCGUGAGGUAUUGAUGCUAGCCUCCAGCACGCCUCCGCGAGCCAGGGAGAUGGGGCCGUGGAGGAGCCUUCUAAAUCGGAGUUGCCAGACGCGGCGGCGACGGCGACAACUAAUACGAC